AUGAGUGGCAUGAGGCAACGGACAAACACGUUGACGUCUACUCAGUCCAAUAUAAUACAUGACCGGUGGAAGUGCAAAUCGGCUGAAGAGAAAAUCGAAGAGGCAAUUCACAUGAUAAAAAAUGCCACUAUCAGCAAGUCACAGGCGAUCGUCUCUCCAGUUUCAAAGGAACCUAGUUAUUUUUAUAAGCCUAGAUUGUAG